GAUCCUGCCAUUACUAAACGCCUCAGCAAAGGCAUGCUCUGUGAAGAGAGUGUUAUGAAUAGCGAUGCAUAUAAAAACUUGUUCGGCGGCAGACUAAGACAGCUGGCGCUCAAUGCAGCGAAUUGGCCUGGCUUUGAAAAGAUCUCACAAAAGCUGCUCAAUUUUUAUGAUAAUUUCAACGCGAUAUGCGCGCGUUUGGCCGAAUAUCGCCAAGGCGAUCGUAUUAUUGUGAUGAAUCAUGGCGACCUAUGGACCACAAACUUCAUGUAUGCCUAUGACGAUUCCAUGCAGCCGCAUAAGCCGACGCGCGCUGUGUUUGUGGACUUUCAGCUAAACUUCUAUGGCAGCCCUGCGUGUGAUCUGAAUUUUCUAUUUAAUACAAGCAUACGUCUGGAGUUGCUCCGAGAUCGACGCGAAGAUUUAAUAAAUGUUUACUUUAAAACAUUCACGGAUACACUAGAGUUUCUUAAUCACGACAACAUACCGACUCUGGAGGAUCUGAGGUAUGAGUUGCGCGCACGCGAACUUUAUGGUCUGUUCGCAUUGUUUGGUUUCCUGCCAAUGGUUACUCUGCCGAGGGAAUUGUCCACGGACAACAGUAUUGAAAAAAUGAUGGAUGAGAACUUUGCUCGGCAAAAGUUCGAGAUGGUUUUUGCGCAAGAACGUUUACAAGCGCAAGUUAAAUACGCUCUACGGCGUUUGGAUGAUUUNGAU